CUCUUCAGUUGGACCCAGCAUUAAACCGACUCUUCACUGCUGGGCGAGACUCGAUCAUUAGAAUAUGGAGUGUAAGCCAGCACAAGCAAGAUCCCUACAUAGCGUCUAUGGAGCAUCACACCGAUUGGGUAAACGAUAUUGUACUUUGUUGUAAUGGGAAAACAUUAAUAUCUGCUUCUUCUGAUACAACAGUCAAAGUGUGGAAUGCACAUAAGGGAUUCUGCAUGUCAACAUUAAGGACACACAAGGAUUAUGUGAAGGCUUUAGCCUAUGCCAAGGACAAGGAGCUGGUCGCCUCUGCUGGGCUGGACAGGCAGAUCUUCCUCUGGGACGUGAACACUCUCACAGCACUGACUGCCUCAAACAACACUGUCACAACUUCUUCUCUAAGUGGGAACAAAGAUUCCAUUUAUAGUCUUGCAAUGAAUCAGCUGGGAACAAUCAUUGUAUCCGGGUCCACUGAGAAGGUUUUGAGGGUUUGGGAUCCAAGAACUUGUGCAAAGCUCAUGAAACUUAAAGGGCACACAGACAAUGUGAAAGCCUUGCUGUUGAACAGAGAUGGGACCCAGUGCCUGUCUGGUAGUUCUGAUGGAACGAUUCGCCUCUGGUCCCUGGGCCAGCAGAGAUGCAUAGCAACAUAUCGAGUCCACGAUGAGGGCGUGUGGGCCUUACAGGUUAAUGAAGCCUUUACUCACGUGUAUUCUGGAGGAAGGGACCGAAAGAUUUAUUGUACAGAUUUGAGAAACCCUGAUAUACGGGUCUUGAUUUGUGAAGAAAAAGCCCCUGUUCUCAAGAUGGAGCUUGAUAGGUCAGCUGAUCCUCCUCCUGCAAUUUGGGUGGCCACAACAAAGUCUUCAGUGAAUAAAUGGACUUUGAAGGGAAUUCAUAAUUUUAGAGCUUCUGGAGAUUAUGACAAUGACUGUAACAAUCCUAUAACACCCCUUUGCACACAGCCUGAUCAAGUUAUUAAAGGAGGUGCCAGUAUUAUUCAGUGCCACAUUCUUAAUGAUAAGAGGCAUCUGUUAACCAAAGACACCAACAAUAAUGUGGCAUAUUGGGACGUACUAAAGGCAUGUAAAGUAGAAGAUCUGGGCAAAGUGGACUUUGAAGAAGAAAUUAAGAAAAGAUUUAAAAUGGUGUAUGUGCCAAAUUGGUUCUCGGUUGAUUUAAAAACUGGGAUGUUGACAAUUACACUGGAUGAGAGCGACUGCUUUGCUGCUUGGGUCUCAGCAAAGGAUGCUGGGUUUAGCAGCCCAGAUGGGUCAGAUCCAAAAUUGAACUUGGGAGGGCUCUUGCUGCAAGCUCUCCUUGAGUAUUGGCCCAGAACCCAUGUUAAUCCAAUGGAUGAGGAGGAAAAUGAGAUGAACCAUGUAAAUGGCGAGCAGGAGAAUCGAGUCCAGAAGGGCAAUGGCUACUUCCAAGUCCCUCCACACACCCCGGUGAUCUUUGGAGAGGCUGGAGGCCGUACCCUGUUCAGGUUGCUGUGUCGGGAUUCCGGAGGGGAGACUGAGUCGAUGCUACUCAACGAGACAGUGCCCCAGUGGGUGAUUGACAUCACUGUGGAUAAAAAUAUGCCCAAAUUCAACAAAAUUCCCUUCUACCUCCAACCUCACUCAUCUUCAGGGGCAAAAACCUUAAAGAAAGAUAGACUGUCCGCCAGUGACAUGCUCCAGGUCAGGAAGGUGAUGGAGCAUGUUUACGAGAAAAUCAUUAAUUUGGACAGUGAGUCUCAGACCACCAGCUCUUCUAAUAAUGAGAAACCUGGAGAGCAGGAGAAAGAAGAGGAUAUCGCAGUGUUGGCAGAGGAGAAGAUUGAACUUUUGUGCCAGGACCAAGUACUGGAUCCGAACAUGGACCUUCGGACCGUAAAACACUUCAUAUGGAAGAGUGGCGGUGACCUCACGCUCCAUUACCGCCAGAAGUCCACGUGAGGCCCCGGGCCAGCACUCCCGGGUAUUCCUUUACUGACCUUCCUGUUGUGGUCCUGAGAGUAGUACUACCUAGCGAAGCCCACUGAACCCCCACAGUAGCGAGACUUCUAACGAUUGAUUGAGUACGGACCGAGAUUAUACCUUUUAACUGAAGUGACUAAUAGAGAUGUAAUAUAGAAACACAAUCUAUGCGGCCUAGACUCCACUCUGUCCCGGAGGGAGGCAGCGUGUGCAGGCGGAGGGAGGAGCCCCACAGGGCUUUCCGGUUUUUCAAGGUGUGCGAGGAGCGCCCGAGAGGCCAGUGUAGACGUGGCUUCUUCCUUUUAGUUUCCAAGGACUCAUCUCCGUCUCUUCAUGCUUGCUGGGAGACACUCGGGGGCCAUAUCUGUCACUGUGUUCCAAAUGUAAUUUAAACCUGCACGCUGUCUCGUUUUUUUUUUUUUUAAGUACAUUCCAUUCCUAGAGCACCUGUGAUGACUUUCGAGCUGGUCAUCCAAAAAGUCACCUCAGUGUCACCGGCCGAAGACGAGAUCUUUUUUAAAAACGGGAGAAGCCCAUCCAUGGGCGCCUUUGAGGCAGCCCGUUUAAUGAGAGCCCGAGGGUCCCGGCUGGGCUUGUUUUUAACCCUCUCCUUCCAGUGUGUGCUUGUAGAAAGGCCUGCUGCCACUCAGAAAGCCCGAGUCAGAACUCUCCCGAAACACGGUGGCAGGGUCAGUGCGGUGACGCUGGGCAUCGUGCCGAGUCGGCCCACUUGGCAGCCGGAGCCGCCUUGUUCCUGCGCUCCGUCCGGCUGCGGCUCGUGCCUGCUCAAAGGCAGGUGGCAGCUCCAGGGGGAAGGCCGGCCUUGGUCAAACUUAAGAGCAUUCUGACAUUUUAGCUUCAUUUCAGUGUUCUCUCAGAUUUCUGUCAGAGUAAAGAAACUUCGGAGCAGACUCAUUUGAGAUUCCUAAUCUACAAGUAGUUCUUUGUUCUUUCCAGAGUUUUCUAUGCAUUUUUUGUUGUUCUACCUAGCUAGGUCUUCUCUUCGCUGUUCUUUCUAAUCUAAAGCUUUCGUACUAUGGUCAGACAUCUGGGUCUUGUAUAGAGUUUAACUUAUUGGGGGAAAAACAUUUCAACUUUUGGCAGGGAAAAAAUGGCUUUGGAUCCUCCCCAAAGGCUGUUUGAAUGCAGAACAGAUCCGACGUCCACCCCAAGAACUUGUGUAAGACGAGACUCCUGUCCCAAGCCAGAAGCACAAGUGCCUUUGGAGGGUGGUUUGUUCCAUGCAGAUUUUCUUCCCAGCCUUGCUCCGGCCCUUCCUGUGGGGAUGGAGGGACAGGAGGGUGGGGGGGAACCUUCUUUUCUACAUCGUGGGGGUGGGGGGGGGAGGGAAGCAGCAGACAGCUCUGGGGCCAAACGAGGUUCGGGUUCACACUCGUGCAAGGACUGGGCUCACUCACAUCGGGCUUCAUUUGGAAAGCAGCCACUUCACGCCUCCCAGCCUGGGAAGAGCCAAAGGACGCCCCCUGCACGGCUGCAGGCCCCACAGACCUUUGAAGGAAACCCAAGUCCAUUCGGUGUGCCUCGGCUUCGGUGCUGGGGGGCACGUUUUUAGCGAUGUUUGCGAAGUCACGGGAAAACGUAGAUGCCAUCGGAAGGCCUGUCCUGGCUCCUGGUGGCGGGAGGGAGUCGCUGCUUCCUCUUUGCUCUCAUGGACCUACACUCGGCCAGGGUUCUCUCGUCCUUCCUUCUCCUCCUCCUAACCAACUCAGUAACGCAAUUUCAGGAAAGUUUGACAGAGUCUGCAAUGCCAAAAGGGUAAAUAAUCUGUAUUUCACAGUUGUAUAGAAUAAAAGGCUUUAGUUAAAAUAGU